AUUUAAUUUUCAGAAAUGGAAAGUUAUAAGGAAUAUCUCGUAUUUUCACCCGAUUAUCAAACAAAAAUUGCAUUUUUAUCCGUAGAAAAUGUACAAAAAAGCUUUACAAUUGAUAUAGAUUGGGAUUUUCCUGUUAACAAUGAAAAAAUGAAAAUGUUUCUAGAUAUAGCAAAUGACGAGGAAAAUAAACAAAUUCAAAGCAAAGAAGAUAUAGAAAAAUCUAUCAAUAACAUUGCUAUCAAUGAAUCAAACAACUUGAUUGCCUUCACAUCAAAUGACAAAUCAUUAUUUUUGUGUAAAAUUGAAGAAUCAUCGGUUAAAACUUUGAGCCGGCGAUGCUUUUUACGAACAUCCAGUUGCAUUAGAUUCUCAAAUUGUGGAAAGAAAUUAUAUCUUGCUGAUAAAACUGGAGAUGUUUUUGAGUACAUGACUGAUGAAAAUAACUUCAAUACGGCAGGAAAAUGGGUUUUUGGACAUAUCUCCCAAAUUCUUGACUUAAAGGUGUCUAUUGAUUCCAAAUACAUCUUUACGAGUGACCGUGAUGAAAAGAUUCGUGUGACUAAUUCUCCAAAUUAUCAUGAAAUUGAAAUGUUUUGUCUUGGACAUAAAGAAUUUGUAUCCUCGUUAACACCAUUAAAUAAUAGCACUAUAAUUUCAAUUUCUGGAGAUGGAACUUUGAGGCUUUGGAAUUUGCUUAGUGGAAAUCAACUCUAUUUCACAAAGUUUUCAUUCACUCCAAUUUUAUUGAAACAUUAUCCACAGACAUCAAGUGAAGGCAUUCUAUGUAUUUCAACUUCCGAUUUUAGCAUUAAAGUGUACGAAUAUCAGUUGAUAGACAAUAAUGCUUUGAAACUGCAUUUAUUGGGAGAGAAACAAUAUAGUAGCGAUGUAGAGAUGGCAAUUUUAAAAGGGAAUUUUUAUAUUGAACAUAUUGAGGAAGUGGAUGGCGUCAAGAAAGUUUUUAUUGACAAAAUCCAGAUUGAGAACAAAGUUGCAGCCUUUGAAGCACUAAAAGAAGACAUCCUCACAAUCUUAAACUAUACAAGUAAUUCAAGUGUGAAAAUUGUAAAGCCAUUUGAUGUGUCUUUAUUGUUUAAGAAUACUGGAAAGUUUGAUAACUUGAAGCAGUACAUUGACCGAAAAAAGGCGAGAAUUGAAAAUCAGGCGAUGAAAAAGAAAAAGGAAUAAUAAAAAUCCUGUAUUAUAUUUUUUAUUAA